CUGUGGCUAUGUCUGUUACUAGAUACCUGAAGUAUGGUACACUGCCAAACCUACCGUGCUCACUGCGAAGCCCAGCCUUGCCCAGGGCUUGUUAGAAAUACUCUGAUUCAAUUUAUUUUGCCGAACUCACACAAACCAAGCGAUAAAUGGUUCGGCAAAACCUACUCCCCAAAACAUCAUAUCAAAUAUAGUGUUUACAACAAUAAAUUAAUCAAACACAAACAUCUUACCAUCCAAAACACAGAUACACCCACAAAGGGACCUUAAUUUGAUGGCAAUGUGGUUAAAGAAACGGUCUCGAAAACUGCCAAUGUCACCGGUGUUACCCCUACCACCGCCACCGGUACCGGAGAUGCAACAACAAAGUGGCGACAACAUGUAUAGUUUAUCAACAAGGCGUAACCACAAGAAGGCAAAACUACAAGAAGUAGUUGCGAAGACUUGUCAAAUUAGAAGUUGGAAUGAAAUGGACCAUGACAUAUUGGUUAUGAUAAUGAACAAGUUAGUGAAAUCACUUGGGUGGCGGACAUUGGAUGAUAAUACCAUGUAUUUCUGCAAGCCAUGGCUGUUGGCCCUCCUCGAUGCUCUCUUUCCUCCUGGAACAACUCUUGAUCUCCAUUCCUAUGACAAAUUUCCACCAGAUAGUUAUUGCAAUCGUGCACGUGGAAGGUAUUUUUUUCUUCUCCACUUGGCGCUUGGUCCUUUUCGACCUCAAAACCAUUACACCAAGGUUUUGUUUGGCGAAUUACCCGCUGAUUUCUUUCCAUGGGAAUAUUUUGGUUCAAGGUUGCCUUUGGUAAGAAGUAUCUCAUUUCCUACUACUAGCAUCGACCAAUUUUUUGUUGUAGGGGCACUUCUACCCUGGAGAAAUUUGAAAGAAGUGUGCUGCAAUGAUACAAUAGUUAAGUGUCUUGCUAAAUUCUGCAAGCGUAUUCAUAGUCUAACCCUUUUUGGGCGCAUAAGCUCUCCCACUGCUUCUUUGAUUGCAGAAAACUUCCCUGCACUAAAGCGUUUGGUGAUUUCAUCGUGUGUUUUGUCAGUCAAUGCAUUGCCAACUAUUUUGGAUGGGCAAAAGAAACUUGAAUAUCUAGAUACUAGCCAUUGUUUUUGUGUUGAUGAGAAACAUUUGUAUAAAAAACAGGUGAGGGCAAAGGAAUGGAAAGAAGAGAUAUAUGUGAAGGCCGCAAAAAAUAUCAAAAUACAUUUGCAAUGUGCAAGGGAAAACUGUCCUCCUUGUUCUCACCUGUAUAGAUAGAUAGUUCAAGUUGUUUUAAUUAAUUUGGUUAAGUUGACACUUCGUAGGUAGGUAGCAACGACAAUAUUUUUGGUCUGUUUUAUUCGUGUAAGAAUCCAUCCACAUUAAGAUGUUUGGUAUUUGUGUCUUUCCUUAAGAUAUUUUUGGUUGGUUUAUUAUAUUGUUGUCAACUUGAGAUUGUCUAAAUUAAAGGCACAAGUUUAUUA